AUGGACUUUGGCGCUGUCGCGAACAAUCGAACCGACAUUGGUCCGGCUUUGAUGAAAGCAUUUGAAUGUGCGCAAAAAUCAAUCACAAAACGGGCUGCUGAUACUGUGAUACUUGUCCCUCCAGGAAACUAUAGAUGGGCAAGCAAGGUUGUUUUUGCCAAGUCCCAAUUUAUCACUGUCACCAUUCGUGGGCGUCUUUAUAUGCCUUAUGAUCCAAAGCUCACUCGUCACCUCAACGUGCCGCCCAUGAAUAGUCGACAAAUAAUUCGUUCAUCAAACAUUUUCCUAAAGAUUAUCUUCAAUGGCAAUGGUAGGUUGUAUGGAAAUGGCAACAAUUAUCGACCAGGAAGAAACCUCAAUUUGCACCCAAACCGGCCGCGGCUGAUAAGGUUUGAAAGAUGUGACACUGUUGAUUAUUCCGGUGUCGAUUUGUACGACGCCCCGCUUUUUCACUUGGUAUUCUCUCAUGGAAAAAACAUUCGCAUUCACCACUUUGAAAUCCACUGUUUGUACAUCGGAGCAACGGAUGGCAUCAACGUCUCUGGUUCAAAUAUAUAUGUACAUGACGUCGUGGUUGAAAAUGGCGACGAGUUAACUGACAAAGCCAACUUUGAUCGCAGAUGUGUUACUGCCAAAAGUCCCAUAAUUGGACUAAAAGUCAGAAAUGUACAGUGUAUCGGUACGACCGGCUGUGCAAUCGGAAGCAUGGGUCCCACUGCUAAGGACUACCGUAUUGAAAACCUUGACUACCGCAAUGUCACUGUAAGCAAUGGAGCAAACGGGGUUGUUAUCAAGAGUUAUCCGGGAGCUAGCGGGAUUAUCAGCCUUUAUCCGCUUCCAAAUCAGAAACGUGACGUACUCAAACUUCAAAUUGUCACUGAUAAAUGCGCCCUCGACAUACUGUCAUCUUUUACUUUAAUCGCACAAAUGAAGACCAACGUGGCUUACCCUAUCAAACUAGACUACAUGUGGGGUGCGACCCUUCAUAAGACGAGGCGACAAAAGCCUGUGGAGGAAAUUCAAAGAUGGAGUGGUAUGACGUUCAACGACUUCUCUGGGACAGGUACCAAGAAUAGGGCACCUGUCACUCUUAACUGCCCCGGACGUUCUCCAUGUACCGGUCUCCAGCUCACCGGAUCAACCAAGACAACGGUCGUUUCGAAUGCAUGCGGGAGGGUAGAUUCAAAGAGCCGUAAGACUAUACCAAACCUACCACCUUGUUGA